AGCUAAUGCAUAACUCAAAUAAUCAUUGGCAAAAGAAUUAUAAUAUAUUUUUUGGUGAGCCACUGAAAUCUUAAACUUUUCACUUUGAGCCUCUAAUUAUACCAAAGUUUCAAAACAAACCCUUUCGAAAAAUACUUAAAAGCAAUUCACUUCCAAAUCAAAACCUUUUCUUACACAAUUUUUUUUCUCUGAGAGAGACAGAGAGAGCGAAACUUAAGAGCUGUGAGAGACCAAAACCUCCCAUUCGAUUCUCUCUGAGAAAACACCAAUAAAGCUAGACACUUUUUUUUUGUGGGUUUGUGUUAUUCGUACAUGCACCAUGCUGCGUUACGUGAACGAAGCUAUAUAAUCAAUAAAAUCUUAUCGAUUUGUUGUGUUUUGGAAUCGGAGAGAAAGAUGCUAACAAAGGUGGAGACGAAAGUGGUUGAGCCAAAAUUUGCUUGUCCGCUCUGCAACAAUCGGUUUAAGGAUGCCACCACAAUCUCCGAGUGUCUUCACACAUUUUGCAGGAGCUGCAUUCGUAACAAGUUCAUAAAUGAGAGAGUGAAAGCUUGUCCAGUCUGCAACGUUAACCUCGGUGUUUUUCCUCUACAUAAACUUCGGUCGGAUUACAGUUGGCAAAGUUUGAAGCUGAAAGUCGACCGGGCAAAGACGGAAAGGGUUAAGGCAGCCUCUGUGAAAUCUUCGAAAAAGAAGGGAAAAUCUCUAACUUCACCAGUGGUCUCUUCAUCUAGAGUAUCAUCCUCACCUGAUACUCCAUUGAAACCACCCAUUGUGGUUGUGGAGCCACCCAUUGUGGUUGUGGAGGAGAAGCAUAGGGAGACCGUACAAGCUCUUCAAAGCUCUCGUAAACCGAUAAUCACAUUCAAGAAACGUGGAAGAAAAUCUUCACUCCCCAAGAAGUUUGAUUCGAAACCGGAACCCGAACUGCCUCCUAAGGAGCCUGAAAUUAAGAAUUUCUUUGAUCUGAACAACGAACCUGAAGACAAUGGAUUGGAUGAAGCUGAAGGAUCGACAUGUCAAGAAUUCAUACCAAAGGAGAACGAUCUUUGUAAGUCCUUGGAUGCUAAGGAAGUAGCGCCACUAAACAUCAACGAUACUCCUCCUGUUAUCGUUGAGCCAGUGUUAAGUUCGGAUGGCGAUACAGAGGAAUCUGUUGAACCUAUUCACAACAAGUGUGUCGUGAAUAGGGAAACAGAGGAAGUCCCUAUUCAAGUGAAUAAAAAAACUGUCCUUAUUAGCUCUGAUAGGGAUACAGAGGACAACUCUGGUCAGAAACUGAAGAGCAAUGGUGCUACCUCCAGAUCAAGGAGGAAGAAAGGGAAGAAACCGGUGGAAAAGAGUUAUUCUUUGAGACCCCGAAAAGACGGGAGGACGAUUAAUUCAGCAGCUAAUAAUACUACACCAGAAGUUGCGGUUACCGUGGAAGAGGAAAAGAAAGUUGAAGGACGUAACACCAAUGCAGUUUGGUUUUCGUUAAUGCCUUCCAAGACUCAGAACAUUGAAAUGCUACUUCCACCGAUCAACGCUCGCUGCAUAAGAGUGAAAGAUAGAAACAUGACUGUCUCAUAUCUCAAGAAGUAUCUAAUGGUGAAGCUCGGUCUCGAAAGCGAAGACCAAGUGGAGGUAUGGCUAAGGAAUGAGCCAUUGUGUUCGUCACUGACGCUACAUAGCUUGGUGGAUUGGUGGGUCCAAACUACUCCAUUGCCUGAGCGACGAAGCGCCAUGGUCGGAAGCUCCGCUGCUGAUUUCCUCAUGAAUCUCCAUUACAGCUUCAAAUCUGACGCCUCUGGCUCUGGCUCUGGCUCUGGCUCUGGCUUUGGCUCUGGCUCUGACUCUGAAUAAUUCUUCUCAGAACUUUAAACUUUUCUUCUUCUCUUUAAACUCAUUUCUUGCAGAAUAAGUUUCCUUUUAAAGACUUGCUAGUUUUAGCAUCUUUCUUUAUUUAAUUAUUGCUGAGACCCAAAUAUGGAAAACUCUUUAUAUAUUUGAUUUGCUUGCUUUUGAGGAUUCAAAAA